AUGAAAAAGAGGCACCACAAUGGGAAUGGGAAUCCCAAGCGCCUUUAUAACCCCCGCUCGCUCACCGACAAAGCCCAUCUCGACGCUUCGAUUCCUCGUGGGAUGGACGAGGCCCCCUCGUUGGAGCGACCCCUCGAGUCAUCCGAUGGACCUGCUUUGUCCAUCAAUGUUUCAGCGCCAAGCACCUCGAAAACGCCUCCAGACGGCCAAACGAGUGGCUCACCGGCCGCCUUGAUGACCCAGAAAUACCGAAUGAAAGAAUCACGAAGCACCACGCAUCACCUACCUCUCCACCGCCCCAACCUGACCUCUCCCACAAACCCAUCAACCCGCCCUCCCCAAACCCACCUAUGCACCCCCAUCACCGCCAAUCCAAAGGGGACCGGCAGUGUUGUUUGCAGAUUGUGGCCGCACCGGUUGUAAUGAUGCGCUAUAUGCGUGUCUGGGCGGUGGUUGUUGAGAACGGAGGGCUGUGAGCGAAUCAUUUCGCUGCGGAGUGCUUAACGCCAACGCAUUGACGGGCGGUACGGUAGAGGGAAUGACGAAUCGAUGCGUGGAGAGGGAGUGAUAAUGAAACAGGUUUAAAGAUGAAAGGGCUAAAGGCUAGCAGAUGAAAGAAAAGAGAAACAUGUUUUUUUGUCAUUGUUCUAAAUUUGAUUCGGUGGCUUUCUUUUGU